AUGCCACCCCUCUACUCCAACCUGCCCCCCACGGCGCGGGACUCGCUGGAGCUUGCAUCGCUAGCCAGCUCGGGCGGCGGCUCCGAAGCGGACGACAUCUCGUCGCGGCCCAGCAUCUCCUCGUCGCGGCGCGCCUCCCUCGAACGCGACGACCCCCUCGACUCGCACAACCCCGCCGCCGCACCCCGGAGCCGGCCCGAACACCACGCCCGCUCCUUCUCGGUAUCCUCCACCUUCGACUUCGCCUCCAACCUCUUCCCCCUCUCCAGCACCACCGGCGCCGCGGGGUACGCCCCUCUCGGCGCGUCGUCCUCGUCCGGGCUCGAAGGGGGUGUGAGCGGGGCCAGGGGCGGGGGGAGAGGCGGCGGCGGCGGUGGUGGUGGGGGGUCGCUGGAGAAGCACAAGACGCUGACGUACCUGAACGGGCUGUCGCUGAUUGUGGGGCUGAUUAUUGGGUCGGGCAUCUUCUCGUCCCCCAGCCAGGUCAACUCGCAUGCUGGGUCGCCCGGCGCCGCGCUGAUCGUGUGGGUGGUGGCGGGGAUUCUGGCGUGGACGGGCGCGGCGAGCUAUGCGGAGCUGGGCGGUGCGAUUCCGCUGAAUGGCGGGCCGCAGGUGUAUCUGUCCAAGAUCUUUGGGGAGCUGGCGGGGUUUUUGUUUACCUGGGUCGCUGUGCUGGUGCUGAAGCCCGGGGGUGCUGCUAUUGUGUCCAUCAUCAUGGGCGAGUACCUGGUGCGGGCGGGCAUCGGGGCCGAGGCGGAGACGGUGAAUAUCUGGGUCAACAAGUCGGUUGCGCUGGUGGGGCUGGCGCUGGUGACGUUUUUGAACUGCGUCUCGACGCGCAUGGGGACGCGGCUGAACGACAUGCUCAUGUUUCUCAAGUUUGUUGCAUUGCUCGGUGUUACCGUGAUCGGGAUCGUGGUGGCUGCCACGGGGUUUUCGCUGUCGGGGCCGGCGAAUCGGGACUGGAGGGACCAUGCGUGGUUCGAGGGGACCAAGAUGGAUGCGUCGGCAUGGGCCGUGGCGCUGUACGCCGGGCUGUGGGCGUUUGAUGGGUGGGAUAACACAAACUACGUCGUAGGAGAAUUCCGCAACCCCAGCCGGGACCUGCCCCGAGUCAUCCACACGGCCAUGCCGCUCGUCAUCGUGAGCUACAUCCUCGCCAACGUCGCCUACUUCCUCGUCCUCCCGCUCGAGACCAUCAACUCGACCAACACAGUCGCCGUCAUGUUCGGCGCCAAAGUCUUCGGCCCGGCAGGGUCCCUCAUCCUCGCGCUGAUCGUCAGCGCGUCCUGCUUCGGCGCCCUCAACGCCUCGACCUUCACCAGCAGCCGGCUCGUCUACGUGGCCGGCAAGGAAGGGUACAUCCCCUCACUCUUCGGACGCCUCGGCACGGGCACCGGCGUCCCCCCGACACCAGAACUCUCCAACCUGCGCACGCGCUCGUGGCUCAAGAAGAAGCUGGCGGCGCUCGUCGGCGACGAGGACACGGGCCUGUUCUUCACGCCGAUCCCGGCGCUCGUCCUCAACGCCUCGCUCACCGCCGCCUACAUCCUGGUCGGCGAGUUCGGCACGCUGAUCACCUUCUACGGCGUCGCCGGCUACACGUUUUAUUUCUUGACCGUCCUCGGCCUGAUCGUCCUGCGCGUGCGCGAGCCCAACCUCGAGCGGCCCUACCGCACGUGGAUCACCACGCCCAUCAUCUUUUGCUGCGUCAGCCUGUUCUUGCUGAGCAGGGCCGUGUUUGCGCAGCCGCUGCAGACGCUGUUGGUGGUGGGGUUCGUGGUGGCCGGCGUGCCGGUGUAUUAUUGGAGGGUGCGCGGGAGAGGGGGGUUGGUUGGGAAGAGGGAGCUUGGGGGGAGGGAAAGGAGGCCGUGGUGGAAGUUUUGGAGGAGGAAGUAGGGGCUGGUUGGCUGCAGAGUUGGAUUCGGGUGUCUGUCUGGCUUCGGGAAGCUGGAUGCUGAUGGCCUGUAUAUAAUAUUCACAUUGGGUAUCUCACUGGCCCGGUGGUGAAGGAGGCCGGAUGAUUGCGCAGCUUUUGUCCGAGUCGAUAUAGUUUUGAAAGACGCGACAUGACACGGCGUCGAUACAUAAUAAUAACUCCCACGAAACUACAGUUGUUUAAAAACACCAGCAACAGCAAC